AUGUUCCGCAAAAAGAAAAAGAAACGUCCAGAAAUCUCUGCCCCGCAGAAUUUCCAGCACCGUGUCCACACGUCCUUUGACCCCAAGGAAGGCAAGUUUGUGGGCCUCCCUCCGCAAUGGCAGAACAUCCUGGACACUCUGAGAAGGCCCAAACCUGUGGUGGACCCUUCGCGCAUCACCCGGGUGCAGCUCCAGCCCAUGAAGACGGUGGUCCGGGGCAGCACCAUUGAAGUGGAGGGCUACAUUUCUGGGCUGCUCAAUGAUAUUCAGAAGCUCUCCCUCAUCAGCUCCAACACCCUGAGGGGCCAGAGCCCCACCAGCAGAAGGAGAGCCCAGUCGCUGGGGCUCCUGGGGGAUGAACGAUGGGGCCCAGACACAGACAUGUACCUUCAAAGUCCCCAGCCUGAGAGGGCUGACCCUUAUGGUAUCUACCUCAACUGCAACGGGGGAGCCAAAGCGGGCCGGAGAGAGAUGAUGUGGCCAGAAUACCAAGCUGACCAGGCCCAGCCUAAUGGGCUGGUGAUGAAAACCCAGUCCCUGGGGCCUGCGGAAUUCCAAGGAGCUGCUCAGCGAUGCUUACAGCUCACUUCUUGCCUGCCUAGUCCACCCCUAGGGACUUCCCCUACCCUGACCUCAAGCAGAGGUGGCAAGGUUGGGAGGCAGAAUGCAGAAGACCGAAGACCCCAGUCCUGCUUGGUGGGCCCGGCCGGGGGCAGGCCCAGUGGAGAGGGCAGCCCCAGCCCCAAGGCUCAAGAAAGCAGCUUGAAGAAUAAGCUUUUCCGUAGCAUGUUUAUCUCUGAUGGCAACAGCAAGCCAGCCCCGGCUGCAAAGAGCAAGCCCAAUUCUCUCUUCCGGUCACUACAGAAAGACUCUCCCCCAAGCCUGCCAGCCAAGGCGCAGUCUUUAUUCUCUGACCAGUCGGUGGGAGAUUUCAAUAACCUGACUGUCUCCGAAACCAGCAGCCCCCAGAAGUCCCUACGGACAGCUCCAGCAGUGGCCCCACCCCCUGGCCGCCCCUCCCCUGCCGGCUCCCCCAGAACCUGGCACCCUCAAACCAGCGCCAGCAACCUGCACCUCCCCCAGGACCCCGCCUCGGCCAAGGCCCUCGUGACGGCGGGCGAGGAGCCGGGCAUUGUGACCCAUGAACAGUUCAAGGCCGCCCUAAGGAUGGUAGUGGACCAAGGAGACCCCCGACUCCUUCUGGAGAGCUACGUGAAGAUCGGGGAGGGUUCCACGGGCAUUGUCUGCCAGGCCCGGGAGAAGCACUCUGGGCGUCAGGUGGCAGUCAAGAUGAUGGACCUGAGGAAACAGCAACGCCGGGAACUGCUCUUUAAUGAGGUGGUGAUUAUGAGAGAUUAUCAACACGUCAAUGUGGUAGAGUUGUACAAGAGCUACCUGGUAGGCGAAGAGCUGUGGGUGCUGAUGGAAUUGCUGCAAGGGGGUGCCCUUACUGACAUUGUAUCCCAAGUCAGGCUGAAUGAGGAGCAGAUCGCCACCGUGAGUGAAUCAGUCUUGCAAGCCCUCGCUUACCUUCACUCUCAGGGUGUCAUCCAUCGAGACAUCAAGAGUGACUCCAUACUCCUGACCCUCGAUGGAAGGGUAAAACUUUCAGACUUUGGAUUCUGUGCCCAGAUCAGCAAAGAUGUUCCCAAAAGGAAGUCCCUGGUUGGCACUCCCUACUGGAUGGCUCCAGAGGUGAUCUCAAGGUCUCCAUACACAACUGAGGUGGAUAUCUGGUCUCUGGGCAUCAUGGUGAUUGAGAUGGUGGAUGGGGAGCCCCCCUAUUUCAACGACUCUCCAGUGCAAGCUAUGAGGAGGCUCCGGGACAGCGCCCCACCCAAACUGAAAAACUCUCACAAGGUCUCUCCAGUACUUCGAGACUUCCUAGAGAGGAUGCUGAUUCGAGAUCCCCUGGAUCGAGCUACCGCCCAGGAGCUGCUAGACCACCCCUUCCUGCUGCAGACGGGACUUCCUGAGUGUCUGGUGCCUCUGAUUCAGCUCUACCGAAAGCGCACCUCUACCUGCUGAGCCAACUAGUAGUGUCCACCAGCCUCCCGGGCCCCGCCGGCCUGGAGACACUGGACAGAGGAAGCACCAGCAGCCUUCCAGGCAGGCUAGGAAUAGUGCCUGCAUCAUCUCAGUAUUUUCUCCAAAGACUGAAUGUGAAAUGAUCCCCCAACCCAUCCAGGUCCCAUUGCCCUUUGGUCCAAUGUGCCAACUAGGAUUUCUCCCCUUGGUUCCCCAAUCUCUCUCCCAAGAGAGACACUAGUUGUCUUUGGCUUUACUGAGACAACUCUUGGCAGGAUGACAUUUUGGGAAUUCUCCAGUACACAUCCAAUUCUUUGUACAGAACUGUUUCUAAGGAACCCCGAAGACCAGAAUAGUCUUAUACAAGGUCCAGCAGGCUCCAAGGUGAGAGCCAAAUCUUCUUCAC